CAUGACAACAGGACGAUGGCUGCAAGCAAGAGGUUAAGAAAUGUGAUUUUUCUGUGAGCGAGGAGUUACAAAACAUCGACUUUUACGGAGUUGCUCGUUCAUGUGAAGAGGCAAAAUGUCUCUUUUCAAGGCUCGUGAUUGGUGGUCGGCCGCACUUGGCAAGGGGGAGGAAUUUGACCAGGGAUGCCUAUGUGUUGGAGACGUGGACAACAGUGGCACCGGACACGACAAGGUGGUGGUGGGCAGCUACAUGGGAAUGCUGCGAGUAUUCUCCCCACAUGCCAAUAAGAGCAGCGAGGGAGGUGUGGUUGAAGCCCUGCUUCUGGAAGUCCAGCUUCAGAACGCCAUCAUCCAGGUGGAAGUGGGCAAGUUUGUCUCGUGUUCAGAGCUUCUUCAUCUGGCUGUCCUUCAUCCCAGGAAGUUGUCAGUCUACUCUGUUUCAGGCACUGCAGGGAACGUGGAGCAUGGUGACCAGUACCAGCUGAAGUUGGUUUAUGAACACAAUCUGCAGAGAACAGCCUGCAACAUGACCUACGGCACCUUUGGUGGGGUUACAGGUCACCACUCCCUGUGUAUCCAGUCUAUGGACGGGAUGCUGAUGUUCUUCGAGCAGGACAGCUACACCUUUGGCAGGUUCCUCCCUGGUUUCCUGCUGCCUGGCCCACUGGUUUACAACCCCAGAACAGACAGCUUCCUCACGGUUUCCUCUGCACGCCAGCUGGAGAGCUACAAGUAUGAGACUUUGGCCGUGGCGACAGAGGCAGAGAGUCGACAGGAUCCUGACCUGCCCCUCAAGACCGGAGGCAAGAGGCUGACGCCUGACUGGACGUUUGUCCUGGGAGAACAGGCCCUGGACCUCUGUGUGCCCUCCUUCUCCCACUCCUCCGCCUCCAUCUUUGUUCUAGGUGAGAGGAACCUCUACUGUCUGCGUGAUAACGGCCAGAUCCGCUUUAUGAAGAAGCUGGAGUUCAACCCCAGCUGCUUCCUGCCCUACACCUCAGUGACAGAUGGCACGACCAACCUGUUGCUGGGCAACCACACCAACAUGCUGCUGAUUUACCAGGACGUGACUCUGAAGUGGGCGGCCCAGCUCUCCUUCGUGCCCGUGGCUGUUCGCGUUGCCAACUUUCCGGAUCUUAAAGGAGUCGUGAUCAGCCUGAGCUCUGACGGUCACCUCCUGUGCUCCUACAUGGGCACUGACCCCUCCUUCUUCUCCACACCCAAGGUGGACGCCAGGGAGGCCGACUAUGAGCAGGUGGAUGCUGAGAUGAAGAAGCUGCAGAGGUUCAUCAGAGAGGCCACCAGGACUCAGGACAUCCUGCCCAAAACUGAUGCUGAGGAGGACCUGAUUGUUGCAGCGUCUGUGUCCUCCAGCAUGGACAGCCCAUCGCAAGCUCUAAUCCAAGAUAUCGAUGGUCUGCCUGUCCCUUCAGUAACCAUACAGGUGAAGGUGAAGGCCCGUUGUGUUGUGCAGUCCUCCAAGCUGACCAUCGGCGUUCAGCCUCCUCUGGCCGUCACUCAGGACCAGUUUGUCCUGGAGCCAAUGGGUGUUGGCUCCUCUACGGUUGUGGCGUUUUCAGCUUUCCUCAAUGGCCGAUACCCCGCUGCUGACCUGACCGGAGACAUCACCGUGUCCUACAGCUCACCAACAGGAGUUCCCAGGGUUCUCCAGUCCACGUUCAGUCUUCCUCUGGCGUUGGUGUGUGUUCCUUCCUCUCCAGCCAAAACCACCAAGUUCAAGAUCACAGUGGACACCAACCAGCCACCAGUCGACCUCAACUCGAUCUUCCCAGAGUUUUCAGCUAAAUCUGAAGAUAAGGAUGGGAAUAGUUUGGCUUUCCAGUUCCUGUCAGGAGCCAAGGUUACCGUGCUGGCCUCCAAGACCUCCCAGCGUUACCGAAUUCAGAGCGACCAUUUUGAGGACAUGUGGUUGGUGGUGAAGGAGUUGGUGAAGAGAUUCGACCAGCAUUUCUCCAAACUGGGAGUCAAAGAUUUCAAGAAAAGCUUCAGUGGCCCGCUCCCCCUGCAGGAGUACUUCCUGUCUGUAGACCACCACUUCCAGCUGCGUGUCAGUGCUCAGCAGUACCAGGAUCUGCUGUCAGAGCGAGCUGUCCAGUUCAGAGCCAUCCAGCGCCGCCUGCUGACUCGAUUCAAAGACAAAACCCCGGCACCCCUGCAGAACCUGGACACGCUGCUGGACGCCACUUACAGCCAGGUGAUGGCGCUGGCUGAGGCUGCCGAGGAGAACCGGGCGCAGCUGGAGGAGGCGUUUGUCCGUCUGCGGAGCGCCACUCACCUGCUGGUGCUGCUGCUGUCGCUGUGGCAGGGCCUGACCCCCGACCAGACGGCCAUCCUGGAGGCCACGCUGCUGCCGCUGCUGCAGGACACACCACAGCUGGGCUGGGAGGAGAGCUGCGAUGCCGCCGUCUCCCACCUCCUGCGGAGCUGCCUCUCGCGGAGCCCCAAGGACCAGGCCACGUCUCUAGCCCAGACAGGAGGCCCGGUGCUGGGCCUGCCCCGAGACACCGCCCGCCUCAAGAAGCACAUCACCCUGAUGUGUGAUCGCAUCGGCAAAGGAGGCCGCCUCACCCUGGCCUCUGAGGCCAACGUCCCUGUCCCUGUCCAGGUCCAGAAUCUGGCCGCUCCAGGUGAGUGAUGAUGGGAUGG